GUGCCCCGGCCCCCGACACCUCCCCCCCACCCCGGAGCAGGAGGAAGAUGAAGGAGAUGAAGCAGCGGAGGAAGAAGGAGCGCACGUGGGCUGAGGCCGCCCGCCUGGUGCUGGAAAACUACUCUGAUGCUCCUAUGACCCCCAAACAGAUUCUGCAGGUCAUCGAGGCUGAGGGACUGAAGGAAAUGAGAAGUGGCACCUCUCCCCUGGCCUGCCUCAAUGCCAUGCUGCAUUCCAAUUCAAGGGGAGGUGAUGGACUCUUCUACAAAUUGCCUGGACGUAUCAGCCUUUUCACACUCAAGAAGGAUGCUUUGCAGUGGUCUCGGAACCUAUCUGUGGCAGAAGGAGAGGAGCUGGAUGAUGCAAUAGAUGCAGAAAGCUGUGGGUCCAAUGAAGCCAGCACUGUGAGUGGUGAUAAUGAUGUAUCUCUUGAUGAAACCUCUUCUAACGCCUCCUGUUCCACUGAAUCUCAGAGUAAGAGUCUCUCCACUUCCAGAGAGAGCUGCAGAUCCGCCUCACAGACAAGCAAACAAAAGAAAAAGACUGGUGUGAUGUUGCCCCGAGUUGUCCUGACUCCACUGAAAGUAAAUGGGGCACAUAUGGAGUCAGCCUCAGGUUUCACAGGAAGGCAUGCUGAUGGAGAGAGCAGCAGCACUUCCAGCAGCAGCAGCUCUUCUUUGGCCCUGUUGAAUGCCACCAUGCGCAGUAGGACAGAAAUCAUCAGGGAUCCUCCACAGCUGCUGAGAGGUAUCCGGAAGCCAGGAGCUGGGCAAAUGAAGCGAAACAGAGGUGAGGAUAUAGAUUUUGAGACACCUGGUUCCAUUCUUGUCAACACAAAUCUCCGAGCACUGAUAAACUCCAGAACCUUCAAUAUAUUCCCCCCACACUUCCAACAGCAGCUCCUCUUCCUCCUGCCAGAAGUUGACAGACAGAUGGGGGCAGAUGGGCUGAUGCGUCUCAGUGGCAGUGCUCUCAAUAACGAGUUCUUCACCCAUGCUGCUCAGAGCUGGAGAGAGCGACUGGCUGAUGGUGAAUUUACUCAUGAGAUGCAGGUUAGAAUACGACAGGAAAUGGAGAAAGAGAAGAGGGUGGAGCAGUGGAAAGAGAAGUUCUUUGAAGACUACUAUGGACAGAAGUUGGGAUUGACUAGAGAAGAAUCACAGCAGCAGAAUUCAGUGCAAGAAGAUGCUGAGAACAGGACUGGGUUGUCUGUUCAGGGAGAAGCAGCAAAGCCACAGCAUGGUCCUUCCACACGUCAGCGAGAUGGACACUUCAAGAAACGCUCUCGGCCAGAUCUGCGAUGCAGAGCAAGGAGGAGCCUAUAUAAAAUACGCGAGCCUGACCAGACUGAGACUCCCAAAGAGACCGCGUCUGUGGGGCCAGAUUCCUCCUUCCAUAAAGAGACUAAAGCUGAGGUGGAUUUGGGAGGAGAAGAUCUGAGAGGCUCUUCGUCUGCAUCAUUGAAGCCAGAGAGUUCAGAACUGCGGUUUUCUCCAGAGGCUUCCAGACUGCACAGUAAAAUGGAAGAUCUGUCAUUUGCAGCUACAUCUGUAAACAGAAUUCCCAGUUUGCCUCAAGAAAACUUAGAUCGGGAGUCAAAGGACCAGAAAAGGAAAUGCUUUGAGGAGGCUGCCUCUACCUCCUUCCCCGAAAAGAAGCCCCGGCUUGAAGACCGUCAGUCCUUUCGUAACACAAUUGAAAGUGUUCACCCAGAAAAGCCACAGCCUACCAAAGAGGAACCAAAAGUCCCACCCAUCCGGAUUCAACUUUCACGUAUCAAACCACCCUGGGUGGUUAAGGGUCAGCCCGCUUACCAGAUUAUGCCCCAGGAUCAUCCCCAACACAGAAUUCUCUGGUCGGGGCAGAACUGGUGCCAGAACACUCGCAGACAUUAAAGCUCGUGCUCUGCAAGCCCGAGCCCAGCGAGAGGCCGCUACAGCUGCCAUUGGAGGUGGGGGUGGGCCAGGAGGAGGAGGGAACAGCACUGAUAA